AGCACCGGGACCCCCCAUCCACCGGCUGCACCGGGACCGGGACCCCACUAGAACCCCCUUCCCACCCACCGGGAACCCCCCGCACACAACACAGACGGGCAGCGGGACCCCCGCCGGCUGCAUGCGCACAGACCGGACCGGGCACGGGGCACCGGGGAGGGGGCAGCGGGCACCGGGGAGGGACCGGGGAGGGCACGGGCGCUGCCGGCCGGUGCCUGCAGGUGGCGGCGGAGCCGCGCUCCGCCCCGCGGUCCCCGGGCCUGCGCCGAUCAGCCGCCACCGGGCCAUGACGGGCGAGGCCGUGCAGGCUCUGCUGCAGCGGCUGCAGGUGCUCCAGGGCGAGAGGGUCGAAACCUACCGGCUCUUCGAGGAGGGCCACCAGGCGUACCUGAGCAGUGCCCCCCACUAUGACUUCCCGCGGUACCGGCAGCUGGUGCACGAGGUCACCGUGGCCUUCAGCGGCAUCUCCCGGGAGGUGCUGGGCAUCGCCGGGCGCCUGCGGGACGAGCUGGGCCGCCCUGACCUGGCCCAGCACCUGGCCCGGCUCCAGGAACGGGAGCAGGAGAAGCUGCAGCUGACGGCGCAGCUCCAGCUGGCCCGGCAGCAGGCACAGGACCAGCCCGAGGUGGACGUCCAUCAGCAGGAGGUGCAGGAGCUCAAGCACAAGCUAAUUAAAACCAUUGAGGCAAUCAGCGAAAUUCUCCAGGACCUCAAGUACGAUUCGGAAGAAGCUGAGUGAUGGGUGUCCCCGUGGGAACGGCUGGAGGGGCCGGCUGGUGGAACGGGGGCCCCGCUCGCCCCCCACCCGCUCCCGGUGCAGCCGCCCAGGCACCUUGGCAAGGUGGGCAUCAUCUUCUCAACCCCUUUUCUUGAGCACGGGCUGGAAAGGGUAGAGAAACCCCCUCCUGGGAGAAGUGGGGUGCCCCUAAAUCCUGAGUAUCCCUCAGCAGAGGGGUCUGCACGGGGCUGGUUCCCCUCCACGGGGCUGUGCCAAAGGAGAACCACGACCUGCAGUGCCAACGGGCUGUCUUGCUUUGACUCCCAUCGAGGUGGGCACUGCCUGUGCUGCCCGCUGGAGGCCCAGGGGCAGCAGCCCCCCCCCUCCAAACCACAUCCUGGGGAUCAGCUGUGCCCCCAACCCCACGGCGGUUUCGGUGCUCCACAAACGCCUUUUCUGUGAUCAUCCAAAAUAAACCUGUCCCCGUGGA